AUGGAUGAGAUGUUUGUCGAGUUCUUCGACGCCAUUGACGAGCUGUCGGAUAACGAUGAGCUGGAGGGCACCAGUGGCAUGGGCCUGGGCUUGGUGAUUCCAAAGCUGAAGACGGACCAGGAGAUCGCUGCACACUACUCCGUGCCACUGCCAUCGCUGCAACAGCUGAAGGUGGACUUCCCGGAAUGCCCCGCCGCCGAGCUGUCGCGGUUCCUGGCGCGGAAGAGCGUCUCCGGCGAUGUGUCCAAGGCCACCAAGCUGGUUGCCGCCUACCUCGAGUGGAGGAGAGGCAUUUCCAAGUGGCCUGCGGCCCCUAGCGACCUGCCCAACCCUUUCCGCUUCAACGGUUUCGCCAGAGAUGGCAGCCGACUCUUGCUGCUGCUGCCUUGCAGCAUCGACAUCUCUUUCAAACCAGAACUCUACUGCCAAAAGCUGGUCCGGAGUCUGGAUGUUGAGGUGGAGCGCUCCGAUUUGCUGCGCUUCACCGUGCUCUUGGACUGCCGGCCGCACACCGCCUUGGGCUAUGAUGCCAAGCCCGUCUGGCGGCUCUGGACGCACAUCUCGGCCAUGGCCAAGAUCUUCCAGGCUUACUUCCCAGAGCGAUUGCAGCGCUUUGUGAUUUACCCUGCCGGAGACCUGGAGAUGGGCGCCUUUCGGAUGUUCAAGGGGCUCUUGUCCACUGAGACAGUGAAGAGGGUGCGGCUGCUGUACAGCAAGCUGGGCUAUGCGGCCGCUGCCCCGCCUCCUGAAUUGCUUGAGAUUCUGGACGUCAGCGAGAUACGGAGAGAGAACAAAGUUUUCUUCACGGGUCUCGAGGCAGACGGAAGCCCCUGCUAG